CUUCAUCAACACUACUCUCCACACGACUGUAAAGGAAACUUCUUUUUUUUUUCAAUAAUCUUAUCUAUCCCAAAAAAAAAAACAUUUCCCAUUUCGCCAUGUCUACUGACAAGAUCACUUGCCUUUUGAACUGGCACGCUACCCCAUACCAUCUGCCCCUCUUCCUUGCUGAGAAGCUCAACUACUUCACAGAGGAAGGAAUCAAGGUUGCAAUCCUGGAACCUAACAACCCCUCGGAUGUCACCGAGAUCAUCGGCUCUGGAAAAGUUGAUCUCGGCUGCAAAGCUAUGAUCCAUACCAUUGCUGGUAAGGCCCGUGGAUUCCCUAUCAAGUCCAUUGGCACGAUCUUGGAUGAGCCUCCCACGGGUGUGGUCUACUUGGCCUCUCAAAGCGGAAUCACCACUGAUUUCCAAACCCUUCGUGGAAAGAAGAUCGGAUACGUGGGUGAAUUUGGAAAGAUCCAGUUGGAUGAGUUGACUCGCCAUUAUGGUAUGACACCUGCGGAUUACACGGCUGUCCGUGUGGGCAUGAACGUCACUGGCGCGAUCAUCCGUGGAGAGAUCGAUGCAGGUAUUGGUCUUGAGAAUGUGCAGAUGGUCGAGUUGGAAGAAUGGUCGAUCAAACAAGGUCGCACUCGUGACGAUGUCCGUAUGUUGCGUAUUGAUGAGCUCGCUAACCUCGGAUGCUGCUGCUUCUGCUCGAUUCUGUUGAUUGGCAACGAGACCUUCAUCCAGAACAAUCCCAAAAAGGUGGCUGCGUUUAUGAAAGCUGUCAAGCGCGCGACAGAUUACAUGUUUGCUCAACCUGCGGAGGCUUAUGAGCUCUUUGUAGAGAUGAAGCCUCAUAUGGACAGUGAGGUCAACCGAAAGAUCUUCCAGCGUUCGUUCCGUUACAUGUCUCGUGAUCUCAAAAACGUUCAACGCGACUGGGAUAAGGUGACCAAGUACUGCAAGCGCCUUGAGAUUGUGGAUGAGGCCUUUGUUCAGAACCAGACCAAUGACUUCCUGACUUGGACCUUGGAGCCUGAAUCAGCUCCAGGUUUUGUUAACCCUGUAGUCGAUACGGGUGUUUUAGCCAAGUGUGGUUGUUCCAACUAUGUCUCGUUGACAGCCUCCGCUGUGUCUAUUCAAGCCUAAAAAUGGUC